AAAUCUACAACCCAUGAUGCAAUGCGAUAGAACGUGCGGAAGGUCGUCUUUUCAAAUGGUUUCCUUUAAAAUUUCGAUUAUUGUUUAACGUACAAUGACUUUAAAAUGAUUCGUGGAAAGCGUAAAUCUGUAAGGAUUUAAGGUUAUUGUCAUAAGUGAAACUUAAAUUUUAUUUGGAUGUUAUAAACCUGGCUACAUAGAAGUUAAAUUAUGAGUACAUCAGGAGUAAGAAGCUGGAGUUGUAUUUGUGGAUUUGUGGAUACAUUUGAGUCUGUUCAAAUACAUUUUCUCACUGUGCAUAGAAAAUUUUCUGAAGACUUUUCUUCUAUGUGUAGUAUUUGUAACAUUCAGUUUUCAGAUCCCAGCAUAUUAAAACAACAUAGUGUACUUCAUAUUCGACAAUUUACAAAAUCACUUUUGGACACUUCCUUGGAAACAAAAGUUCAGAAUAGUAAAUCAGACAGUAAAUCUACAUAUUCAGAAAAUCCACCUUUUAAACAAGAAUUUCCUUGUUACAGUUCUUCUUUACCUUUAAAAAAAGUGAAUGGUAUAACUAAUAACAUAAGUAAUAACAGCACUGAAUCAUCAUCAUGUUGUUUUAAUAAUGUUUCUUCUACACCAAAUAAUAGGACUAAUAAUUUUCAAAUUGUUCCUCCUUUGUCGUUAAAUGUAACUCAGCCAUCAACAGUAAAUUGCAUGACUUCUUUAGUUAACACUGUUUCAGCUGUUAAUAAUUCAUUUCAAGGUAUUAAAGGUUCUGGAAUUUUAAAUGCUAAUAAUAAUUUUUACUACAUGAAUAUGCCAAAAAACCAGUUGCAACAAGGACAACAGCUAAAUGUCUGUAACAGUAUUGUAAUGCCCGUUCUCUCUUUAAUGCCAGCACAACAGAUUUUACAGUCAAGACUAUCUGAUGUUAAUCAGGUAAGGAAUACAGUUAAAAACGCACAAGCACCAAAUGUUUCUCAAGCUUCAAGUAGUCAGAAUAAAACACCUCCUACUACUAAGCAGCAAACUGAAUUAAAUAACCAUACGCGUGAAGUAUCAACUGAAAGCAAAAAUGCUGCAAAUAAUAGUGUUGAAAAGAAAACAUAUGAUCAAGCAACUUUACGACAAAUUUUUCAAAGGUCUUGCAACAUGUCUAAUGAUUAUAAUCAAAUAUGGUCUAUGGCAAAAACACCAAAAUGCAAGAAAAAAAUGCUCGAAAAACAAAAUUUAAUGCGUUUUUAUAAGUGCAUGGUAAAAGAUUGUUCUUUUGCUUCCAAUAGCAAUACUAAUUUUAUCUUUCAUCUUAGUAAACAUAGUAACAUUGCAUAUUUUAAAUGUGUUUAUUGUUUAAGAGAAUUUUCGGCUGGUAUUACUUUAGUCAACCAUAUGACGCAAGAACACGGGAAAAGGAUUUAUCAGUGUAGUCAGUGUUUCUACCGUGCUUCAAGGAAACUAUAUGUUCAGAUUCAUCAACAGAUACAUCAUGGAAAGCACUCACUUGAAGUUAUCAUUUGUAAACCUGUAGAAUUACUUCAAUCAAAAAAUGAAUGUAUAGAUUCUGAUUAUUCCACGUAUGCAAAACCUUUCCAUUGUUCGAUUGGAAGUUGUUACUUCGUUACUUACGACUCUUUAGAUUUUAAAAAACACAAUGAAUUAAAUCAUAAGUUUGUUGAUAUGUAUCCGUGUUCAUAUUGCAAAUCAAGUUGUUUUUCUAUUAGUAGUCUUAUUAAACAUCACCAUUUACAUGGAAUAAAUAAUUAUCAGUGUACAUAUUGUUUAUUUGGGUCCAGCACAAAAAUUGAAAUGUUAUUUCAUUUAAGCUUGCAUCAUGCUGACAUGCCUGUAAAUGUGUAUGUGCGAUCAUCGUAUGAAUAUAUUGAAGGUGUGCAGAUUAACCAGAGGCUUUCUGAAAAAGAAAUAGUAAGGAAAAACGACGAUGAGAGAAACACAAAAACUACAGAUAACAAAAGGAAUAAAAGUAGGACGAAACAGUGUGAAAAAUUAGAAUCAGAUGAGAUUUCAAAGGUUAAUAAGGGUUUAAGAAGAUCAAGUUCCAAUUCAAGCAACAGUAGUUUAGAAAAUGCUUUAAAAGUUGUAGAUUUUCAGAAUAAUAUGGAAAGGAACAAAAAAGUAAAUUCAAAAAUAAAUUCUCAGAGUUCCAGUGUAUCUGAGAAUGAUGAUCAUUUUGUCUCUUGCUCAACAGAUCAAGCUGAUACUAAAAGUAAAGAUGUAAAUGAUAGUAAGGAGAAAACACCAGUAAAUUCCAUGCCAUCUUUAAAAAAAAAAAAUAAUACUUCUAAUUCUGCCUUAUUACAAAAGAGUAAAUUACGCUUCUCUUUGAAAAAAACUAAUAAUAAUAAUAAUAAUAAUACUCGUAUUUCUUGUGAAUUGAAUUCUAAUUGUUCUCGCUGUAAUAAUUGUAAUUAUGAAUGCAGUAUUUGUUUACUGCAUUUCAAACUCUUUAAAGAUGCUAAAAAACAUCUUAAAGAUGUUCAUUGUUUAUGGAGUUCAGUCAGAUGUGCCUACUGUUCAAGAAUGGGAUUCCAGAAAGGGUUCUUGCGACGACACAUCAUUACAAAACAUCCUCAUAAAGACAUGAAAAUAAUUUCAUAUAUUAAGAAGAUUCUUCCAAAAUCAACAUCUUCUAGAAUGCAACAUCCAUACAAUUGUUAUUUCUGUUCAUAUGGAACAGCAAAUAGAUGCCAAAUAAUAAAACAUAUGUAUGCAGAAUUAGAUUAUAAGAAAUAUAAAUGUGGAAUUUGUAAACUUCAGCUCGACAAGAGAGCUUUACCCAAUCAUUUUUCUUACGUACAUCCAAAUCGAGUCAUUGACAUUAUAAAAAAUACAAAUCCACAUAUAAGGAAGUGGCUUAAGAAUUUUCUCCAAAAUUCCUCUAAUUGUUUAGAAGAUGAUGGCAAUUUGAAUCCAAGACAACCAUCUGAGUUUAAUUGUCCAUUUUGCCAAAAGCAAAUGAAAUCACAGAAAUGUUUUCAGCAACAUCUUUAUAGACAUAAACAGUACAAACCAUUUAAGUGUGGUCACUGCAGUAAGAAAUUUCUUAAAAUAAGCCAUUUUAAAAUUCAUAAGAAAAAUGUAAGGAGUCAAAUGGUUCAAAAGAAAGCAAUAAAAUUGUUUAAAACAAAAAUAUGGCACAUAGAAAAUUGGGCUAAAGAGAUUAUACAGAAUGAACAACACACACAAAACAGUCAGGAUCUUUCUUCUGUAACUUCAAAAUUGGAUAUUCAUUAUGUUGGUGUAUAUGGUUGUUUUUAUUGUAAUUUUUGUGCAAAUUUCAGAUAUUUAGUUGAAAGACAUUGCCGAAUAAAACAUUAUAAGAAACCUGUACGUUUUCUCAAGAAUAACAUGUUCUGCAAGGAAACUACUGUACAGAUUAAGAAUCGUUCUGCUAUUAGAAAGAAAUGUGCAUCUGUUAAGAAGCGAAAAAGAAGAAUGUCUUCUAAAAGCACUUCUGAAAAAACAGUUUCUGGGACACUCAGUAAUGACGACUUAGAUCAGUCUUCUUUUAGUGAUAACAAACAGGAAAAGGCAGAUGUUUUAGGAAAGGAUCACCUGUCAUCCAGUGACAAAAACUGCAGUUUAGUUAAAGCCACAACUUCCAAUGAAAAUAACAUUGGAUUCUGUAUAUUCAACUGUGCUUUUUGUCCAGAAAAAUUUAUUUCAUUAAAAACAUUAAAAAAUCAUUGGCAGGAGAAACAUAAAACUUCUGAUGACGAUCAUUUAUUAUUCAAAGUAACAAACAAAAAAGUGAAGUCGCUUUUCCAUGUGUACAGAUGUAUGUAUUGCAAUGUGCAGUGUACAAUAAUGAGAAAUUUAAAAUCUCAUAUUGAGAAUGAACAUAAGGAAAAAGUAUUCAUGAUGAAAAUUACUAGAAAUAAAACUGCAAGUGGUCCAACUGAAAGUUAUUUACAAUAUUAUUGUAAUCAUUGCCCAAUGAUAUUCAUUGAAGAAUCAAAAUUGCGUGCACACGAACUUGAAGUGCAUAAAAUUAGUUCGUCUACCGAUUCUGAAAGCCAGGAAACAAAGUCAGUUUCAGGCUCGUCUGAAGAAGUAGUAGUUGAAAAUAACUCUUCUAAAUCUGGUCACAACAAAAAAGAAUUAAUGGUAAAUGUAAAAUUUGGAGAAUAUUCCAAAGAAAUUAAGUUACCUUUAUCAUAUUAUUCAAAAAUGUAUAAGAUAUAUCCAAAGGUAGUGCUUGAAAAAUUAUUUUCUUGAUAUAACUUUUCAUUUGUUCGAUAAUUUGUUUCUUUAAGUUUCAAUAUUAAGCUUAGAAUUUUGUGUGAAAAUAAAAUUAUAUAUUUUUUUGUA